AUGCGUAGGCAGUGCGAGGACCUAGAGGCGGACGAGGCAGAGCUGAACGCUAAGAUCAAGAAGAAGAGGAACGAGUUAGAAAGGGGAGAAAAACGCCUCAAGUCUUUGCAGCACAACACCCUCCCUUGGUCGAAAAAGGCGCACCGUCCGGCGUUCGCCGACGAGCUGGACAAGCUUGAGGGCGAGCUGCGUCGGUACUACGAGGUGUACGUGGACCGCUUCCGCAACCUGGACUUCUUGGAGCACAACCUAGAUCGCUUCCACGAGUCGGAGAUGGAGGAGCUGGAGGAGUACGAGAGGAAGCGGAAUCGAAACGCGGAGAGGGUGCGGCGGGAGCAGCUCAAGCAGGCACAAGCGGCAGUCGCGGCGGCAGCCAGGGAGGCACCGGCGGCGGCAGCAGCUCGCGCAGCUCGCGUGGCGGCAUGGGCUCCGGCGGCGGCGGUGGCGGCGGCGGCCGGAGGGGGAAUACGGGAGGCGUUGGAGGAGGGAGGAGGGGAUCCAAGGGUCCUUCUGGCGGCGGCGGCAGCUCUAGUCGAGGGGNUUUUGCUUUGCUUAGAGAAUCGCAACCGCAGCGGUAGUGGCAGCGGCUCGGGCGGGUCGUCUUCUGGCAUGUCGGGGAGCGAUGACCUGAACCGGUCUGGGGGCGGCACGAGCAGCGACGACGACGAGGUGUCCCUGAACGACUCUGACGACACGGGUUCUUUGAUCGACGAGGACGACGAGAGCACCGAGGACCAGGCUUCCCGCUCCUACAGCGACAGCAAUGACGACAACUUUUGACAGAAGAGACGUCUCACACCGCUUUCGUAGCUUCUCGCGGAAGCUUGUCGCCGUGGCACGCUUUCGUUUGUUGGAUUGGCGGGACGCAUACAGCCCCCACGGCCUAGAAUUUUAUCGUUUUGUUUGCUGUUGGGUGUGUGCGUGAAUGCGAGCGAGGUCGCCGAGAUUUUGUACCUGGCUGCCGCUUUCCCGACAUACUUCGGUCUUCGCCAAUGUGACUUCGCGGUGCCAUUUGAUCGCGCAACGGCGACGCCCGAACAUUUACUACCCCACACCUCGCGUACCGUGGCAAGAAAAUAGCUGGAAGACGCGCGAAACUCGCGCCGGUUGAUGGUCUUGCCGCCUAGACCUAGAAGGGGGGGGGGGGGGGGGGGGGGGGGGGCACGGGAGGAGAAGUUUUGUGGUGAAUUUUUUCAACUUUUUUUUUGUUCGUUAUUUUUUGUUUUUUGGUCAACGCCACCGUCGUCGUCGCAGUAACCUAUCCGGGAAUCAUUUUGUUUCGUUUUGUUGGUUGAAUCGUUAGGACACGAACUUUGUCGAAAGUCGUUCACGGAGAUACUACCGCCUUGUCCUUGGGAUUUGGGAUUCUCGCUAUUUUGAUGCAACAAAACCUGUCGCGGUUUGCACUUUAUUUGUUCUUCGGACUUGGAAGAAUUACGUGCUUGUGUACUCUUCUGUCGUUGCACGUGGAAAGUUUGUUCCUUUUGGAGCUUGCGUUCUCGUGAUGGGGUCGGAUCGUGUGCAGCAAGCAGUCUGCCCUGAUGAUGAUGCCACGGAUGUGGUCGGGGAUGCUCCCAGUUUCUCCAUCUGAGCAUGCGUUUGCCGGCGGCGAGUUUUGUUCCGGGUAGAAAGAGGAGGCAAACAGUAAGGGUCCAUCCAGCAAAUGGGAGUGGAAGAGUUUUGUCCAACGAAGAGUGUCCAAAAUAUAUGUACAAUAGUGGACAUUCGCAUUGUUAGCUACAUCACAGCAGGGUGAAGGGGCGUGGGGGGGGCAGAAAGCUAUUAGUUGCAAACAACGCCAUUUUCAGCAGACAGAUCAUUAAUCGUUUCGCCCAAAAACUGUACAGUUUGGUCGGGACUUUCGAUUUUUUAGUCAGCGGAGGUGUGGGGGAUGCCUGAAUGCCAAAAUUGAUUGCUCAUUUGAAUAAAAUCGAAUGCGGGGCGGGUGUUUCCCAACCAGUAGUGCUAGAAGGGAGGAAAAGGAGUAAGGUUGGGGCUUCUGAUAAAUCGUUUUCUUUUGUAGCUGAAUUGCUAAACGCUACUGCUGCGUGCUGUGCAAAUACCCACGCGAGAGCAAAGGUCUUUCAUAUUUUGGCCCCGAGGACUGGGAGAGGUUGUCGAUACUAUUUUCGGGUGGGAGGAGUUUUUUUUUGUUUUGCUGAGUGAUGUUUGGUGCGUAGGUCAGGUUUAGGGGGUGUCAAUUGGAGGAAGGGUGUCAAGAGGGAAGGGAAGCUGCUGUAUCAUCAUCACGACUGUUCUCUUUUUUUUUUGUCACAGCCAGCCAAAGAACACUGGUUGGUUUGCGAUUGAUCGUCCGCCGGUUUUGGGCGUGAAAUUUGUCAAGAUGGAGUGGGGUUUCAGCUGGAGGGAGGGGGAGAGGUUGUGCGUUGGGGCAGGGGCGGGGGGGGAUAAAAGGUCAAGCUGCUAGCAGAAGAACGCGCUCUACAAGCGGUGGAACUAGUUGAUAUUUAUAGUUAGGCGAGGCAGGCAAGCACUAUUUAGUACUGUACAUGCGCUUUUGGCACCACAACGGGGUGGACACCAUAAUUAUUGACGUCUAGCGCAACAAUGUAGAAUAGCCUUGUUCGUGAUACACAGCCUUUGUGGCUUCGACGUGCCGAGGAUGUCAGUGGCGACGGGAACGAUUUUUAUUUUUUCACGCACCACCGAUUCGGGCGAGCGAGCAGAAAAGAUCAACACGUGUAGUCAGAUGGGGGGGGAGAGGGAGAGAAGGGUAGGGGACAGGGGAGGAUGGCAGCCUAGACUGGAAGCUGCUAUCAGGGGAGGGAGGGCAUUCCCGUCGCAACUACCGUGUCAGCAGGACCGACUAACUCGUGCAGCACCGAGUGUGCUCGUCGUGCGGUGCUCGAGAUCGGAUCUCGCGCCCAAGGUCUGUCGGUAUCAGCUACCACAAUAGAAGCGAAGGAAGAAGAGACCGGGGCGAUGCCACCCGAUAAGGGCGGUAUUUGUCGCGGCAGAACUGCACAUGAGGAUGAUGAUGACCCUCGCGGUUCUGCCGCACGUACGUGCAAGCAAGGUCGCACGAGACCUAUUUGGAGUGGAGAGCGAGGAGGGAGGGAAGCAGAAUUGUUAGGCUUGGUUGGAUUGGCGGUGUUCUUGGCUAUUUGUCCACCAUGUAGACCGAUUCUACUGAUUUCGCUUGGAUUGGGGGUGGUAAGUCUGGGCUGAUAAUCCAUGUAGACCGAUUUUCCUGCGUUCACCUGGAUUGGGUGGUCUGGGCUGUUGCCCACCAUGUAACCGACUUUCCUAAUUUCACUUGGAAAAUGACCGCAAGGGCCUAAGUUAUCUGUGGCAUAAACGACGAGCCUGCAGUGCCAACUAGCGG